AUGCGAAAGGUCCGCGACAUAACAAACAAAGACGUUGGAAUCAAGGUUCUGAAAGAGCCUUUGGAGGUGACUCAAGAUACCAUUGAUAUAGUAGCGAUUCAUGGCAUCGGCGCUCACCCAGACGAUACUUGGACGAAACGUGUCGAGACUGAAGAUGGCAAGGCGGCAUACAUCAGCUGGCUUACUGAAGGGCGGAUGCUACCUGCGGUGGCUACAAAUGCGCGAAUCAUGCGUUAUGGCUACAAAUCCAACUGGUUUGGCAAGAAGCCUAUGCAGGCCAAGGUCAGGGAUGUAGCGACACGCCUGCUUAAUUCUCUGACCAUGUAUCGAGAGGAGUUCAAUUAUCGCCCGCUGAUCUUUAUUACCCAUUGCUUUGGCGGCCUCAUUGCGCUCAAGGCAUCAGUGCUGGCACGGAAUGACGAAGAAGAUUGGAGACCUAUCUUCAAGUCCACGAUCGGCCUUCUUACUCUCGGAACACCUUUCAGAGGUGCCGACGGAAUGCAAUACCGGGAAAUUGUGGAGGCGGCGUUGAGAGAGUACACCGAAGACGAAGUUCGAGCUGAGACUAUUGACGUCUUGCAGCGCGAGAACGAAACACUCAACGACCUUGUCACCGAGUUUUGUAAAAUACACAAGAGAGAGGGCCAUGCUCAGAUAGCCUGCUUCUACGAGACGGGUUACACGGACGUGGGCAAAGUAGUAGGGGGCGAGCAACGGAUUAGACUUCUAGUCACCGAAAGCUCAGGUCGUCUCGACUUUGCUGACAAUGGCUCGAUCGCGAGGGACCAUUUUGAGAUGAACAAGUUUGAGGAGCCGGGCGAAGAAGACUUCAUGCUAGUCAUGAAAGCGCUGAAGAAGAUGAUUAGAGGUGCGAAUUCACGAAUGCUGAGUCUUUCCGCAUCUGGAAACGCUGAGUAA